AUGGCUAGCUGGCUCGCCGACGAAGCGCAGAAGUUCGUCGAUCAGACGCAAGCGUACGUGACCUGCCUCAUCAAUGGACCCGCGACGACAGAGUCGGAGUCGCAGACGGAGACCGACGCCGCGCCGGCCUACGCGACGGACAAGAGCUGGUGGCUGGCGAACCCGGCCCUCGGCGUCGUCGGGUCGGAGCUCUGGGUGCCCAUGCAGACGGUCCCGCCCACGACCGUGGAGUGCGCGCCCGUCGCCGGCAGCCCGGCCGCCGACGUCUUCUUCGUGCACGGCACGCUCGCGUCGCCGCAGGACGGCCCGAGGGGCGACGGCAACUACGACUGCCGCGCGAGCCUGCCGGACGCGACGAAGGGCUACGUGCUGAGCCAGGCGGCGUGCUUCAACGCCGUCGCGCGCAUCUUCGCGCCCCACUACCGCUACGCGGCCUUCGUGGCCGAGGACGCGAGGCGGGGCCUCGACCUCGACGGCCGCCGCGACUUCGCGUUCGCGGACGUGGACCGGGCCUUCGACGCCUUCCUCGCGGCGAGCGGGUCGCGGCCCUUCUUCCUCGCGGGCCACUCCCAGGGCGCCGUCAUGGUCAAGAAGCUCCUCGAGGCGCGCUUCGGCGACGAGUCGCUCCGGCGGCGGCUCGUCGGCUGCUACGCGCCGGGCCUCGCGCUCUUCGCCAACGUCGCGCCGCCCCUGCCCCUGGCGACGGAGCCGGGCGCCGUCGGGACCCUCGCCUGUUGGAACUGCGCCGCGGAGCACGCGGCCUUCGAGCACACGGUCGUCGGGUCGCUCUGCGGCGGAUACCGGCCCCUGACGGCGCUGCCGGGCCUCGACGCCGCCGGCGAGGGGUCCCACCUCGGCUGCUUCGGCUGGGGCGCGUUCUUCGUCCAGGUCUUCUACACCGAGGCGUGCGCCAAGGUCGCGGUCAAGGACGGGCUCCUGCGCAUCGUCGGCGACAAGAACGCCCUCGCCUACUACGCGACGGGCACGGGCUGCAUGCACAAGUGGGACUUCCACCUCCUCUGGCUCGACGUCCGCAAGAACGCCGUCGCCCAGCUCGCGAACUACGAGAAGGAGACCGCCGCGGCCUAA